UUAGGUGACACACCACCUUCCCUUUCAAGACUAAUCCAAAUUUCCUCUUCAUCCCCAAAAUUAGGUUUUCCCAUUUCAGUUUUCACACUCAGUCUCAACUCUCAACCAUCAUAUUCGAUAAACUAGCCGGCAUUUCUCAAUUCUCUCAUCUCUUCCCAAUUUCUUCACAAAUUCUCUUCCCCCAUUUUCUUUCUACCAUCAACAAUCUCAAAAAUUAGCAGAAACGAUUUCUUCGAUGUCGAGUUCACUCGCCGGAAAAUUUGGUUAUGCCGGCGGCAUACCGGAGCGAAAAGUCCGACCCGUUUGGGAUGCGAUUGAUUCACGACAGUAUAAAAAUGCACUCAAACUCUCUUCUACUCUUCUCAACAAGUAUCCCAAUCUUCCUUAUGCAAUGGCACUUAAAGCUCUUAUUCUGGAAAGAAUGGGGAAACAUGAAGAAGCAUUGUCUAUUUGUAUGGAAGCUAAGGAAUUGUUGCAUAAAAAUGUGUCCUUGUUAAUGGAUGAUCUUACACUCAGCACGCUUCAGAUUGUCUUUCAAAGGCUUGAUCGCUUGGAUCUGGCUACUAGCUUGUAUGAUUAUGCAUGUGGCAGAAUUCCAAAUAAUUUGGAGUUAAUGAUGGGACUUUUCAAUUGUUAUGUUCGUGAAUAUGCAUAUGUGAAGCAGCAACAGACAGCUAUUAAAAUGUACAAGCUUGUUGGUGAAGAGAGGUUCUUGCUUUGGGCUGUUUGUAGCAUACAGUUGCAGGUUAGCUGUGGCCAGGGCGGAGAGAAGUUGUUAGGAUUAGCUGAAGGCUUACUUAAAAAACACAUUGCCUCUCAUAGCUUGCAUGAACCUGAAGCUCUUAUUGUGUACAUUUCCGUGCUGGAACAGCAAGGCAAGUAUGGCGAUGCUUUAGAGGUCUUAUCAGGAAAAUUAGGAUCCCUGAUUCUGAUUGAAGUUGAUCGACUUCGCUUGCAGGGUAGACUUCUUGCUCAGUCAGGUGACAAUGCUGCCGCAGCCAGUACAUUCCAGAAAAUCCUAGAAAUGUGUCCCGACGACUGGGAGUGUUUCCUUCAUUAUUUAGGUUGUUUGCUUGAGGAUGAUCAAAGUUGGUGCAAUGGGGUAACUAGUGAACCAAGGUGUCCCCCAGGAUCUGUCAAUAAGCUUCCUCAUAUAACAGAUGAUAUGUUCAAUUCUCGUAUCCAAGAUGCAUCAGCUUUUGUUAGAAAAUUAGAGACAGAAGCUAGUGAUGAUUCUAAGAGGGGCCCAUCUCUUGCUUAUCUUGAAAUUGAGAGGAGGAAACUCCUACAUGGUAUUGGUGCUAAGGAGAAACUUAUUGAUGCCUUGGUGCUAUACUUUUCUAGAUUUGGCUACUUAGCUUGCUUCUGCUCUGAUGUUGAAGUAUUUCUUGACAUUUUAACUCCCGAUGAGAAAAUGGACUUGCUGGAAAAGCUCAAAGAGAGCUCUGUAUCCACGUCUAUGGUACCAACAAAAUCUCUCGGUCUGGCAAUCAGUCUCCAGAAGUUACAAUUGCAAAUUGGCAUCACAUACAAGCUCCCUGAUGCUGAACUUGAAAGUUUGGCAGUGAAGAUGAUUAAUAUUUAUCGUAAAAACCUUCCUCUUUCAAAGGAUUUGGAUCCACAAGAGAGUAUGCAUGGUGAAGAUCUUUUUCACAUGGCUUCCAAUAUAUUGGUCCAAUUAUAUUGGAGAACUGGAAAGAUUGGGUAUUUGUUAGAGAUUGUUAUGAUGCUGGAACUAGGAUUAAAUAUCAGGAGAUUUGUAUCGCAGUAUAAGAUAAUAUUGCUACAUUUGUAUUCUCACUUGGGUGCGCUUCCUGUAGCCUAUGAAUGGUUUCGUACUCUGGAUGUGAAAAAUAUCCUGUUAGAGUCUCUCUCACAUCAAAUCCUGCCACAGCUGUUGUUAUCUCCUCUUUGGGAAGCUUUAAAUGAUCUUUUGAAGGACUACCUGAAAUUUAUGGAUGACCAUCUUAGGGAAUCUGCAGAUCUUACCUUUCUUGCUUAUCGACAUCGUAAUUAUUCAAAGGUUAUUGAGUUUGUGCAGUUUAAAGAACAAUUGCAACAUUCUAACCAAUAUCUGAUUGCACGACUUGAAUCAUCUAUUUUAAAGCUGAAGGAGAAAGCCAACAACAUUGAGGAGGAAGAGGGUGUUUUUGAAUCCUUGAAAUGUGGAACUCAAGCUCUUGAGCUUGCUAAUGAUACGUUGUGUCAAUCAUUGACAUUCAAUGAAGAAUUACAAUUAAGGCCUUGGUGGACCCCAACUCCAAAAAAGGAUUAUCUUUUAGGACCCUUUGAAGAACUCAAACAUCCAAUGGAAAACUUGGAUCAUUGUAGAGAAUGGGAAACAAAUGUGCGAGAAAAUGUUGAGAGGAGAUCUCUUCUUCCUCGGAUGAUAUAUUUGUCUGUGCAGUGUGUGUCAGCUUCUAGUAAGGAGAACAUAGAUGUUAAUGGGUCUGUGUCUGAUUCUACCUUCUCCUUGGAGAUGAAAUCGUUGUUGGAGCGCUAUGUGAAGAUCCUUGGCUGUUCUGUUGACGAGGCUGUGAAAGUUGUGCUUGAUGUUGCAGAGGGUCAGAGACCUUUGGAGGCUUUGGGCUCAGACUUGAUAGAUUGGGUGAACUUCGCUGUAUUUUUGAACGCAUGGAACUUGAGCUCCCAUGAAUCCGUGCUUCCAAGAGCUGAAGGGAGUACAUCACUUUGGCAUCUAGUAAAUUCUUUGCUACAGAAGUGUAUAGUACAAAAGGUCAGAAUAACAGGUCCCAAGGUUUGUUCUCCAGGAGGCGAUCUGCCAGUUUUGGUGCAAUUGAUUGCAGAACCUGUUGCUUGGCAUUGUCUAAUACUCCAAUCUUAUGUUCGCUCAUCUAUUCCUUGUGGCAAGAAGAAAAAGAAAAUUGGACCCACAGAUGGUUCAACUUCUGUGUUAUCUCAGACCAUCCGGGAUUCAGUUUUGUCUCUGUAUAGCAUUAUAGAAGUGGUUGUGGAAUGGUUGAAAGAAGAGGUCAAUAAAACAGAAGAUGAAGCAGUGGACCAUAUGCUCUCCUCCCUCACGAGUGACCCAAAUGAAGGUCCUGGAAAAGUAUACCAAGCUCUUAUAGAAUUGUGGUCUACUGCAGACGAAGGAGAACUGGGUGACCGAAUCUUCCAAGGAAUCAAGUCCUGGAGUCCAACAGAUGUUGCCAGGAAGACAUUUAAAGGCCAACAUAAGAUGAUGUCGACUUUUCUACAAAUAUGUGACUCCAAGCUUAAGCUGUUGGAGACUGUAAAGCAGCAAAUAUGAGGUGCAAGUAACCAAGUACUUUGCUUAGCUCACUCUUGACAGUUGUGUUGGGUCAUUUGUUUGGUUGGUAUGUUUGUUGCCUUGGCACAUUGAGCCUCCUGCCUUCAUUCUUUAAUUACCCUAAGGGAACUUCAUUAUCCAGGCACCAUGUGCGUUUUUUUCUUCUUGAUACAAGUUCCCAAUCUAAUUGGCAUGUUUCUCAAUAGGAGAAUUUCGAGCUUGAAUCAUGUACAUUAAAGAACAAUAGGAAUCACAUUUUUCUUUAGUUCUUUUUGACAGCAGAAAAAAAAGAGAAAAGAAAAGAAAAUAGAGGCUUGUAACUUCAAAUUUUUUUCGGAAAUGAGCUUUGUCAAUAAUUUUUUUGAAUGAUAGUUUAACAAUUUUACAUGA